GUCGCGCAGUGUGCGGCUGCGUUAUACGUUAGCUCAUCACAUGACUGUCAGGAGGAAAAAUAGAGCAGGAAGAGAGUUUGCUUUCUCUUUGUUGUUGUAAACAUUUAAUUUUCACAAUAAGACGGGAGAGCAGCUCUGUGCUCUGAAGAUUCAUGGAUCUAGAAAAGCGCAAUUCUGUUUCUGGGUGGUGACGGUUCACUUUCAUGGUGCUGAAACCAAAGAAAAAGACCAAGCCAAACUUCGCCUAAAAUUUGCUUCAUUUAAAAUAAUCUGGAUUAUCCUCCGAGGGUCAGAGGUCACCAUGGGCACUGCGGUGGAAAGGACAGAUGAGCAUGUGAGGGAGUAUCUGAUCUACCGUGGCUUCACCAACACUCUGAAACAUCUGGACAACGACAUAAAAGCCGACAAGGAGAAAGGCUUCAGGGUGGAUAAAAUCAUCGAUCAGCUGCAGCAGUUUGUCCAGAGCUUUGACCUGGCUGGUCUGAAGGAGUACUGGCUCUACCUGGAUAAACGUCUGUUCAGCAGACUCGAAGAUGUUUACAGAUCCACCGUCAACAAGCUGAGGAUCAGCCUGUACAGAUACUACAUCAUCAACACCGUGCAGAAAGGAAACCUGGAGAAGACUCAGGAGUUUUUCCAGAAGCAGGCGUCAGAGCUGCAGGGUCAGGCUGAGUGGCGUGAUUGGUUCAUCCUGCCAUUUAUCUCCUCCCCUGAGCAGAACCCCGCCUUCUGUCAGUACUUCUCCCGCCAGUGGUCUGACACCUUCCUGGUUUCACUGCAUAACUUCCUGUCGGUCCUCUUCCAGUGUAUGCCUCAGCCUGUCCUCCUGAGCUUCGAUGCUGAAGUCCAGAAGAUGACCUGCCUGGUGGAGGAGAACGAACAGCUCCGUCAGCUGCUGUUCGCCCUGCAGACGGAGAGCCGGGAUCAGAGGGACAGAGAUGAGAUGAUCCACCACAAGCUGCCGACAUACGUCCAGAACAUGGACCGACUGGGAGACACUGAGCUGGACUUAGUGACGAGCCAGCGAGCUGUCAGUACUGCCACCACCCCUACCAGAAACUUCUUCUCUACAUUCCUACCACAAGGCAGACGUACUCCAGGGAAACCACUGCAAGCCAUCUCUGGGUCCUCACCAAGCCAGGCAGCAAUGGGCAGGAAGGACCCACUGAGUAAUCAGCCUGUGAAAUCUAAAGAAGCAGGCCAAGUUAAGGAGGUGAAGCCAGCAUCUACCCAGUCAUCAACCAGUGAACCAGUGAGCUCCCAGUCCCAGCUGUCUACAAACCAGUCGGGGAACCAGAAUUCGAGACACAAAAGAAUCCAAGAUCAUGAGAAGGAGAGGAAGGAGCUUUUCUCCAAACCACCACCACAGACACCAGAGAAGAAAGGGGAGCUGGGGGAGGUGGAGCCUCCCACGGAGUCUUCAAGUGAACCUACCGAUUCCUCAAACAGCAGAAGCUGCGGUGCAGGCCAAGAAGAACCUCCCUUCAUUAAACUCAGCCAGGAGGAGUACGGAGAACACCACUCGUCCAUCAUGCACUGCAGGGUUGACUGUUCUGGUCGCCGCGUUGCUAGCUUGGAUGUUGACGGAGUCAUCAAGGUGUGGUCGUUCAACCCCAUCAUGCAGACCAAAGCCACCAUCAUGUCCAAAUCUCCUCUAAUGUCUCUGGAGUGGGCCACCAAACCAGACCGACUGUUGUUAUUAGGCAGCGGCGUUGGCACAGUACGGUUGUACGAUACGGAAGCCAAGAAGAAUCUCUAUGAGAUGAACAUCGACGAGGCUCAUCCACGUAUCUUGUCUUUAGCCUGCAGCCCCAGCGGUUCAUCGUUCGUCUGUUCAGCUGCAGCUCACAGUCGAUCUGGAAGUGGCGAGUCUGCUCCUCGACUUCCCAUAACGGUGUCUGGUCAGCUGCUGCUAUGGGACACCAAGACUGUCAAACAGCAGCUCCAGUUCUCUUUGGAGCCAGAACCAGUAGCCAUAAACUGCACAGCCUUCAAUCACAACGGAAACCUGCUGGUGACUGGAGCCGCUGACGGAGUCAUCAGACUGUUUGAUAUGCAGCGGUAUGAGAGCGCGAUGAGCUGGAGAGCUCAUGACGGGGAAGUUUACAGUGUGGAGUUCAGCUAUGAUGAAAAUACCGUCUUCAGCAUCGGAGAAGAUGGCAAGUUUAUCCAGUGGAACAUCCAUCGCUGUGGGGUUAAGCAGUCGGAGCAGAUUUUACCUCAGGACGCCACCGGGCCCUUCGUCCUGUCAGGGUACAGCGGCUACAAACAAGUUCAAGUCCCUCGAGGUCGACUCUUCACGUUUGACUCUGAAGGUCAACACGUCCUGACCUGUUCUAGCUCUGGUGGACUCAUAUACAGACUGGCCAGUGGGGAGUCAGCUCUGGAGAGGGUGCUGUCGCUGGGGGGGCAUAAAGCACCGGUGGUGACCGUCGACUGGUGCUCAGCAGUGGACUGUGGCACCUGCCUGACAGCCUCCAUGGACGGGAAAAUCAAACUGAGCACGCUUCUAGCACAGAAGUCCUGACUGGGGACCUAAUGGAGGUCCUCUGAUCUUGUGUGUCUGUGCAGUUUCAGAGAUGAAAGGAAGACUCAUGUUUCAUGAUACAAACAAACCUGUUUUUAAAUCAAAUUAGGAUUAAAAUCUCACUGAAGGUUCCACCGUAGAGCUCGUUUCUUUUGUUAAAGCUGUAUUUGUUGGUGUUUUCAGGCCUUUGGGGAGAAGAAAAACUCCUCAGCAGUCUCACAAACACUCAGCAGCAUUUGAAGUGUUUGAGUCAACAGCACUUCGACCUCUUUCAGGUACUUGAAGUUGUUUCAAGGAGAAUUGAAAACACCUUUCUAAAAUGUCUUCAAGAACCUAAACAAGAAGUCCAGUUGCUUUCAUCUCAAGACCUUUAGACUGCCAUGAUCUGGAUGAGUGAGAGACUCCACUUGGAUUGAUCGGAAUAAGAAACUUCCAAGUUUUUCUUAUACGAGCCGAAAUGUUACAAGUAAAUAUUUGGAGGACCACUCUGGGUUUUUAUUCCCUUAACCUAAACCAAAUAAAUAAAAUAAUAAUAGAAUUAAAUAAAAAAAGGUAAUGAAGUAAAAGAAAAAGACCUAUCACAAGAGAAACUGUACACUGAAUUUGUUUAUAAGUUUUAUCCUGUAUUAUGUUUGAUUUCAUUCUUACAGAUGUGUAGUGUAAAUAACAGAGUCAUAACAGUUUUGUAUUUUUCUUUUCUUUUUGUUUCCAAUCAGUAAAUUUUCACUUUAGCUCUUU